AUGAGUGUGCGUCGGUCAUCGAGAACUACAAAAGGCUUUCAUUCGUCACGCCUGGAUGAUGAGCCACAAGAUAAGUUAUCCAAACCUAAAAUUAUCAAAAAGAAAUCAACAACGAGAAAACAACCUGCAUAUGUCCCAAUUGUAGGCGAAUCAGUAAGAUGUUUGGUUUGUGCCAGUACAGAUUUAAAUUAUGACGAAGAUGACGACCCAUUUGGUCCGAUGGUUGAAUGUGAGAAUUGUAAGACAUGGCAACAUAUAAAGUGUUAUUUUAAGGAUGCCAAAGAGGAAGAUAUACCUGAUGACUAUAAGUGCGAUGUAUGUGAUCCAGACAAUCCCCUGUAUGCUAAUAAGAGAAGGAAAAUGUCUUAUGCUAGGUAUCUUUCCUUAAGGUUACCGGAAUCUCAUAAUCAGAAAAACAACGAAAAAACGAAAGACAAAGAGGAAGAUGAAGAAGAGACAAAAGAUCAACAAAAGGAGGAAAUUGAAGGCCUCUCUGAAAGUGAAGAAGAAGAAGAAGAAGAAGAAGUUGUAGAUGCCGGUGCAUUAGAAGAAUCUGAUGAUGAGUAUGAAGAAUCAAAAAAGCGUGCUCAUAGUGACGAUGAAUUUUCUGAUAAUGAUACCAAGCCAACUAAAAAACUACUUUUGCCUUCUAAAAAAAGAGAGACUAAGAAACAGAAACAAACUAUAAAAUCUCCAUCAAUUGAAAGCCAACAGCAAAAGCAAUUGCAGCAACAGCAACUACAGCAACCGAAUCUUAAAGACAAGAAUUUCACCAAAACUGUAAAUCAACCUUUAAAAGUUACUUAUACUUUAGAUUCUUUACGCAAAAACAUCGUUAAAAGCUUUGAGACUAAAUUGGUGGAGUUUAUUCCGAAAACUAAUAACGAAGAGCUUUUGAAUGGUAAAACACUUGGUGAGUUAGCAAAGUCGUGGGCCGAAAUUUUGGAAAAUGGUUUAUAUGGUUUAUAUCCAAACGAUCAGGCCAGCUAUAAACAACAGGCUAGAACAUUAUUAAUUAAUUUUAAGAAUUCUCACCUAAUCAAACGAGUAAUUGACGGUGAGUUUACAAUCGAACAGCUACCUACACUAUCAAACGAAGAUAUGCUUACAGCAAGCGAGAAGAAGAAGCUCGAGGAAGCUAAACAGAAGGCAAUUGAAAACGUUGUCAUUAAGAAUGACACAAGUAAUCUACCUAAAAUUAGGUAUACCUUGAAGGGGGUGGAGAUUGUUGGUGACACCGAUACGCAGUUUGACAUUAACGAUAGAAGGAAUAAAGAAGUUGAAAAGAUUCAGGACCUGAAGAAAAAAGAAGAAGGAGAAGAACAAAAUGAAGAAGAAGGAGAACUGAGAGGAAGGUAUGGUAAACAGCAUAGUCAUACCACACCGCCCCCUAAUUUCAUGAUGAAUGCGACUCACGACGAGGAAGAUGACUAUGCUGGGGACUUGAAAAACGAAAAUAACGACAAUCACGAUGACGAAGAUUCAUUUGUUGCCAUGGGGGAGGAAAGCACAGAAACUCAUAACAUUAUGGAUGAUGACAUAUUUGACAAUAUUUUGAAUGAUGGCAAUUCUCAACCAAAGGAAAAGAAAGAUACUAAGGAUAAGGUGAAGGAAAAAACAUCAGCGAAACCAAAGGUAGACACUGAAUCAUUAUUAAAUCCCUCGAAUCAACCGAACACACCAAAUCAUUCAAAGAGUAAGAGAGGUUUAUGUAAAGGUACGUUAGUAGUCCCUGAUUAUAGUUUAGAUUGCGAAAUUGAUUUUGUUACAUCGACAAUCAAGGACAGGAGGAAAAUGAUUGAUAAUGCGCAUCAUAUUAUCAACGAUUUUACAGUUGAUUCUACACAAUUUGCAACAAAGGGACGAUUACCUAGUUCCGUUGCAGAUACGUACUUGGAUAAAAUCAUUGCAUCGAGAGACCUAUAUUUGUUUGAGAUUAAAGGUGUGAACUUUGAUAAUGCCACUUUUAUGAAUAUAUGGUCAGUUUAUCACUCUACAUCCAAAUAUGCGGUUAUAGACCACAAACUGAGGUACGUCAAGGAUAUUUAUCUUUUAUGUUAUUCGAGGAGUAAGAUCAUCGAUGGUGAAGAGAGUCCAUCAUUAAUUAGUAUAUUUUCAACAGAUAUGUACGAGCAUCUUCUCGAUGACGAGUCAUCUGAUUGUAAAAUGUACAUUUUAUUUGUUGUUCAACGUGACGUUGAUAGGUUGAAACCGUUGGUAUCCCAACAAGCCCUGCAAAAGGAGGCACCUAAAGAUGACGCCAAGGCUGAAAACGAUGAUGAUUAUGAUCCCACCAUUAGUACUAUAUCAAAACCAAACAUCACUGAACUACCUAACGAUAGUAACCAAACACCUGACAUUAAUCCACUGCUUGCAGACUUGGUCAAGAAUCUCGGUAGUUAG